AUGGCGGCUGCGAGGCUGGGUCUGCCGCGGUUGAUGCUGGCGAUGCUUGUACUGGCGGCAUUGCUCGGUGUCGGCGUCGACGGGAGGAACCACAUGCACAAGAAGCCUCCUCGUGCUGGCGUCGGCUCUCGGCACAGGGCUGGCGCGAAGGUGGGCACGGUGGCGUCGUCGCCGGCCGUUCCACCGGACGACGACGCGGCGCCUUUGGUGGCCCCGCCGCCGGGCGGCAUUGUCCCGUCUGACCCGGCCACGCCGUUCCGGCCGGAGCCGUGCGUGUUCGACGUCCGGGCGUACGGCGCGACGGGCGAGAGCACGGCGGACGACACCGAGGCCUUCCGGGCGGCGUGGAGGGCGGCCUGCGCCGUUGAGUCGGCCGUGCUGCUGGUGCCGUCCGACGGCACCUUCACCAUCUCUACCACCACCUUCUCCGGGCCGUGCAAGCCCGGCCUCGUGUUCCAAGUGGACGGGGUGCUGAUGCCGCCGGACGGGCCGGACUGCUGGCCACCGUCGGACAACCGGCGGCAGUGGCUGGUCUUCUCCGGCCUGGACGGCCUGACGCUGCGCGGCGCCGGCACCAUCGAGGGCAACGGCGAGGAGUGGUGGAACCUCCCCUGCAAGCCCCACAGGGGUCCGAACGGGUCCACGCUGCACGGGCCUUGCGACAGCCCCACGCUGAUCAGGUUCUUCGAGAGCAGCAACCUGGUGGUGCGGGGCCUGAGGGUGGAGAACAGCCCCGAGUUCCACUUCCGGUUCGACGGCUGCAGCGACGUGCUCGUCGACGGGCUAUUCAUCAGGUCCCCGGCCAACAGCCCCAACACCGACGGCAUCCACGUCGAGAACACGGAGCGUGUCGGCAUCUACAACUCCAAGAUCAGCAACGGCGAUGAUUGCAUCUCCAUCGGGACCGGGAGCUACGACGUGGACAUACAGAACGUAACGUGUGGCCCUGGGCACGGCAUAAGCAUCGGCAGCCUGGGCGUGCACAACUCGCAGGCGUGCGUGGCGAACGUGACGGUGCGGAACGCGGUGAUCCGGAACUCGGACAACGGGCUGCGGAUCAAGACAUGGCAGGGUGGCAUGGGGUCGGUGUCCGGCAUCGCCUUCGACGGGGUGACCAUGGAGAACGUGCGCAACUGCAUCAUCAUCGACCAGUACUACUGCCAGGACAAGCGGUGCAUGAACCAGUCCACGGCCGUGCACGUCACCGACGUCUCCUACGCCAACGUCCGGGGCUCCUACGACGUGCGCAGCGCGCCCAUCCACUUCGCCUGCAGCGACACCGUGCCCUGCACCAACGUCACCAUGGCCGAGGUCGAGCUGCUGCCCUUCAGCGGCGAGCUCGUCGACGACCCCUACUGCUGGAGCGCCUACGGGGCGCAGCAGACGCCCACCAUCCCGCCCGUCUCCUGCCUCCAGGACGGCGUCCCGGAGGCCCUCCUCGACAACCCCGAUCUCAAGUGCCGAUGA